AUGGCCGCUCCACUUUCGAACGAGGCCAAGGUCAACGAGGCCCAACAGCUGGCCAAAACCGACCCGGCGAAAGCAGAGAGUAUUUACAAGGACGUGCUUGCUCGGUCGCCAGGCUCGGACCAAGGUGCCUUACAAGUCUAUGAAAAUGCUCUGGUUGGCCUCGGAGAACUGUAUAGAGACAACAAACGCUCGGAGGAUCUGUCGGAGUUAGUCAAGACGAGCAGGUCAACGCUGUCUUCGUUCGCUAAAGCGAAGACGGCGAAGCUUGUCCGGCAACUCCUCGACUUCUUCACUGACAUUCCCAAUACACUCGAGAUCCAAAUCACCACCACUAAAUCGUGCAUCGACUGGGCCAAUGCCGAAAAGCGAUCCUUCCUUCGUCAGAACCUCGAAACGAGACUUGUUGGGCUCUACAUGCAGAAGCAAUCCUACUACGAUGCCCUCACACUGAUCAACGGCCUGUUGCGAGAGCUGAAGCGGUUGGACGACAAGCUGGUGCUCGUCGAGGUGCAAUUGCUUGAAUCUCGGGUAUACCAUGCUCUGACCAACCAGGCCAAAGCACGAGCUGCCUUGACUUCCGCAAGGACAUCUGCCGCCUCGGUCUAUACACCUCCACUUCUGCAGGCUGGGUUGGACAUGCAGAGUGGGAUGCUACACGCCGAAGACAAAGACUUCAACACCGCAUAUUCCUACUUCAUCGAAGCUCUGGAAGGUUACCACGCUCAAGACGAUACUGCGCGCGCCACGUCGGCCCUGCAGUAUAUGCUGUUGUGCAAGAUCAUGUUAAAUCUGGUCGAUGAUGUCAACAACCUACUGUCGUCAAAACAAGCGCAAAAGUAUGCCAGUACGAGUUUGGAGGCCAUGAAAGCCGUGGCACGAGCGCAUUCGAAUCGGUCACUCGAAGAGUAUGAACAAGCCUUAUCCAACUAUCGGUACGAGCUGGGCAGCGAUGUCUUCAUCCGCAACCACCUGCGACGACUGUAUGACGCCAUGCUGGAACAGAAUCUGAUCAAAGUCAUUGAACCCUUCAGCCGGGUUGAGAUUGACCAUGUCGCGAAGAUGGUGGGACUCGACACUCAGCAAGUGGAAAGAAAGCUAUCUCAGAUGAUCCUCGACAAGGUCAUUGUCGGGGUGUUGGAUCAAGGAGAAGGCUGCUUGAUCGUUUACGACGAAGUUGAGCGGGAUACUGGCUACGAUGCAGCCUUGGAGACGAUCGAAAAGCUCAGCAACGUGGUUGAUGUACUUUACACCAACCAAGCUGCAUUACUUGAAUGA